AUGAUAAUAGCCCUGCGCCUCCACUAUCACAUUUUCCGUCACUUUUUGCUCCACCACCAUCACCUUCUCCUUUGCCACCACCUUUACAACCUCUACUACCGCCACCUUUGCCACCGUCAAUACCGCCGCCUCUGCCUACAGCACCACCUUCACCACCCCCAAUACCGCCUCCUCCACCUCCUUGCCACCUCCAGCACCACCGCCUCCUUUUCCACUCCCAGCACCGCCACCUCUGCCUACACCACCACCUCCCUUGCCGCCGCCACCUACACUGCUUCUGCCAACGCCACCACCUUCCUUACCGCCACCGCCACCACCUCCGCCUCCACUGCCACCUCCACCUACACCACCUCCGCCUACACCACCUCCUCCACCACACCACCUCCCUUGCCGCCACCUUCACAGCCACCUUCGCCUACACUACCACCUUCACCUACACCACCUCCCUUGCCACUCCCAGUACUACCACCUCCACCUUCACCACCUCCUUUGCCACUCCCAACACUGCCACCUCCACCUUAA